AUGUUAGGAAGACCAACUAAAGUAAGAGGAGGCAGAAAAACCCCAAAAACACAGAAUGCUGAAAUAAACAAUCUAUUUGAGCUUUUCUCAUCUGUAGCAAGAAGAACCACUCACCCAGAGUACCAGAAGAUCGCAAAGUACAUCAAGAAGCCAAUUACUCAGAGAUCUGUUCUUACACUUAAAAAUUUAGUGAAGUACACCGCUCCAUGCCAAGAAAAGUUAGCUGUUGUAGUAACAAAGAUUGUGGCAGAUGACAGCAUAGUUGAGAUCCCACACCCAAUCAGAGUAGCUUGCUUAAGUAUAUCCCAGAAAGCAAGAGAAAAGAUAGAGAAAUACGGUGGUCAGAUUUUCAAGCUUGAUGAGAUAUUUAAAGUUGCUCCAACUCCAGAGCAGAUGGUCAUUUUCCAGGCUCCAGUGAAGAAUAGAAAGCAGUGCCAGUACUUCGGAUCUGCCAGUGACAGAAAGAACCCAGCAAGACCAAAAGUGCUCAGCAAAGGAUCAGAAAAGAGAAAGAGAAAACACGAAUAAUAAAGCGA